UCAUAAAUGCAAAUCAGGGCAAAGACUUCUUGGAUUCGGAGCUGGUGAGGGUGGCUGAUCAUUUGCUCCUCUUGAAACUGUGGGAUCAAUUCGCUGCCCGGUACUGACAACAAAGCUCACCCCUCCAGUUAAAGCUAUGGCCACCCAAACUCCUAAGGAUCGCGGCGACUGCCUCCAGGUUUUCAGGGGGACCUUCAUCCACUCCACAGAUACGUCUCCAGUGGAGAGUUUGGACGCUUAUAUCGUGGGAGUCAACGAGUUGGGAAAGAUCAUAUUCAUCGAUACUGCAGAUAAAGAAGAAGAACUGUCAGCGAAGUGGCAUUUCAAGAGGGAUACGGUCCGAGUGCUUCAGCCAAGGCAGGAAUUCUUUAUUCCGGGACUGGUUGACACCCACAUCCAUGCCCCCCAAUAUCCCAAUAUGGGAUGUUGCCUGGAUCUGUCACUCCUUCAAUGGCUAAUCAAGUAUACCUUCCCCACUGAAACCAAAUUCAAAGACCUGAAGUUUGCAGAGGAUAUUUAUACCAAAGUAGUGAAAAGAACGCUGAGAAAUGGCACAACUACUGCAUGCUACUUUGCAACCAUCCAUACUGAUUCAUCUUUAAAGCUUUGUGACAUCAUUGAUAAAUUUGGCCAGCGAGCUUUUGUGGGUAAAGUAUGCAUGGACAAUAACGUCGCUUAUACUGAGUAUAAUGAAGCAACAGAGGAAUCAGUAAAGGAAACAGAAAGAUUUGUUGCUGAGUUGGCCAAACGGAAGUAUCCUCUGGUGAGACCUAUUGUGACCCCUCGAUUUGCGCUCUCUUGCUCUUCUGAGUUAUUGAAACAAAUUGGGACAUUUGCAAAUGCCAAUAACUUGAACAUUCAGAGUCAUAUCAGUGAGACUCAGCCUGAGAUUAAUGCUGUGAAGAAAAUAUUUCCAAACUGCAAGAAUUAUUCCGAAGUUUAUGAUGUCCACGGCCUUCUGAAUGAUAAGACUAUCAUGGCUCAUGGAGUCUACCUCUCCAAUGAGGAGCUUGAACUCUUCCAGAGGAAAGGAGCUGGCAUUGCACACUGUCCCAAUUCUAACAUAUCCCUGUGCAGCGGUUUAAUGGAUGUACGAAGGGCUUUGAAUCACAAAGUAAAUGUGGGGCUAGGAACAGAUCUUUCAGGUGGUUACUCGCCUUCAAUACUUGAUGCUGUACGGAGAGCCAUUGAUACGUCCAAGGUUCUGAGUUUAACCUCUCCAGAUUAUGAGAAGCUUUCGUAUAGGGAAGCAUUCAGACUUGCAACCCUUGGUGGCAGUAAAGCUUUGGGCCUCGAUAAGCUGACGGGAAACUUUGAGGUGGGAAAGGACUUUGAUGCUGUUCUGAUCAACACCGGCAUCCCAAACUCUCCAUUUGAAAUAUCUCCUGAGGACACCCUGAUGGAUAUCUUUCAGAAGUUUCUAUUCUUAGGAGACGACCGGAACAUGUCGGAAGUCUAUGUGGCUGGCAAGCAAGUGUUUCCUUUUUCCCGAGCCUAGUUUAAGAAUCACAGAACACAGGGAUUGAUAGAUAACCUGUCCAAUCACAGGGAGCCUCUGAUAUAAGAGGCAUCUUUGUCCUGCUAUACAAACUUGCUUGCUUACUGAGCUGACAUUUAAAAAAAAUAAGUCUAAGGCUUUAAAUGACAAUUUCUUUCAGCCAGACUAAUUCACAUUUGCACCUUAGGUUUGGGGCUCUGCAGAGUUUCAGCUGUAACAUUUCCCCUUGGCUUUUUUGGAUUAUUUUGCUCCUUCCAUUGGCUUUUCCAUUGAUGUGAACCUCACUGACAGUGGUUCACAUCAUCCCUUGGAAACUGGGAGCAGGACGGGUCUGGCAUUUCCUAAUUCAGGACUGUGAGCUCAGUCUUCCCAAAUUCUAGGAUUGUGAUCUUGGUAUUAUCUAAUUCCAGGAUGCUGAGCCCAGUCACACUUCCUGAGGACUGCCUUAGGAAAGGAAAGCUGACGUAGGACUGAAAGAUGUAACACAAGCAUUUGCAGAGACAGGGAGUGUGAUAGAGCACAGAGAGUGAAAAUAGUUUCUUUUUCUUUUUAAAUAAUUAAGAAUGUGAGAAAUAGGAGUAGAUGGAAACAAUAAAGCCCCUGGAAUCUGCUCCCAUUUUCAGUUGGAUUAUAGAGUCAUACAGGAAUAGAGCACUCAAACUAAACCGUUGCUAAUUGUUUCAUAUUGACACAUGUAUUGAGAUAGAGUGAAGGUUUUUGCUUGCCAUCCUUCAGAUCAUUCCAUAUAUCGAGAUUGUGCAAAAGGGAAAACAAUCAGAAUGCAGAAGGUAGAAUUGUGGUUACAGAGAAAGUGCAAGGGUAGACAAAGGGAUUUAAGACGAGAGGGGAGAGAUUUAUUAGCGACCUGAGGAGAAAUAUUUUGUCCAUGCUACCCAGGAUGUCCAUUUGCCCACAUUUGGCUCAUAUCCCUCUAAACCAGGGGUUCCCAACCAGGGGUCCACGAACCCCUCGGUUAAUCAUUGGCAUCCAUGUUAUCAAAAAAAGUUGGAAACCCUUGCUCUAAACCUCCCCCAUCAAUAUACCUAUCCGAAUACACUUUAAAUAUUGUUAAUGUACCUGCCUCAACCAUUUCCUCUGGCAGUUCAUUCUACAUGAAUGAAAAAGUUGCCCCUGAAAUUCCUAUUAAAUCUUUCCUCCAUUAUCUUAAACCUGUGCCAUCUAGCUCUUGAUUUGCCAUGACUAGGUAGAUAGGCAGAUCAUCUUUAGCAUAUAAGUGGGGCUAACAGUGGGAUGGAAACUGUCCUUAAGCCUGGUGGUACAGGUUCUCAAGCGUUUGUAUCUUCUGCCCAGUGGAGGGGGGUGUGGGGUGGAUGAGAGAAUGAGAAUGACUGGGGUAUAGGAGGGGUCCUGCUUUUCCAAGACAGCAAGAAGUAUAGACAGAGUCGGUCGAGGGGAGGCUGGUUUGUAUGAUGGACUGGGCUGCAUUCACAAUUGCCAGCUACAUCCUUUGGUUUCUAACCCUUCUGGUAAUCCCCCAAUUAACCUCCUCUGCCGAGAAAUGUACAACUCCAUUUCUCCAGGCUCCCUGGGUAACCAAAGUCUCUCAUCCCUGGGACCAUCCCGCUUGAUCUGCCCUGUAUCCUGGUCAAAACUUUAAUAUUCCUCUUAAGGCAAAGUGCUUGGAAUCAGAAAGUCAAAUCAUGUGUAAUUGUGUAUAAAGGUUUAAAUGCAUUCUGCAAUUCUACAGCUGGUGUCUCAGUGAAUGAAAACUUGUGUAACUGUUGAAGAUUUCCUGAUUGGUUUGAGGAAGUGGGUGUACUGGGGGUGGAGGAGCAAGUAGUCCAACAACAAUAACAACAAUAGCAUCCAAUUAUAACAACUCUCUUAACCCAUCCAAAAGCAAUGAUACUGAACUGCAAAAGUUAUAACAUGGUGGAAGACUUGGUCAAGGAGAUAGGUUUAGAGAGAGAGAGAGUAUCAGAACUUUGAGUCUUGCUAGUUGAAGGCAUGGGCAACAAAGGUGGAUUGAAUUAGUUUGGAAAUGCUGUGGCUAGAACAAAUAAGCCAUUAAUUAUCUAAUAAAAUAAAUUAUUUUAUACUGCUGAAGUAAAUGACAGAGAUAUAGUAGGGUAAGGGCAGGAAUUGGGGUCUAGUUUAAGCCUGUAAGUAAUUGGCAUGAACUGCAAUGCAAGCAACAGAAUUUUUGAAUGACUUGAAUUUUCCAGAAUCAAAGUUAUGGUGACUGAAUUGUACAGUGUUUGAACAGUCAUAACUAAUGGCAAUAAGUCUAUGGAUGUACUGAGGCAGGAGCUGAAGCAGAUAACUAAGGUGUGACAUGAUAGUGCAAAUAUGGAUCAAACAUUCAUAAGUUUGAACAAUGUGAUUUGGUUCCAAGCUAUGCAAACCAAAAGUAAAUUAUUUAAAUGAAUUUGAAACCCUAUAAACAAAUUUACCCUUCAAUUACAUAAAAACAGAGUAGUACUUACAUUGCCUUGCUCUUUUCACGUGAAGAUAUUGAGGUCUCACUUUGUACUAAGCCACAUGCCAGGUUGUGGCACUGCAAUGAAGAAUGUGGGCACCUGUGUAACUAUCUAAUGGUAGGAAAGGAAACAUGAGAAGAACUUGGAUUCAAGCACAAAUGUGGAAUAUAGAGGGAAAAGGUUUAUGUUUUUAAAGCUACGUCUUUGUUUGUUUCCAUUUGCAAGUUCAUGUUGUCAAUCAAGACACAACUGGUUUAUACACUGGCAUGUACCUAUUAAAAACUUUGCAAAGUGGCAUAUCUGUAUUGUUUAAGCAACCAUGCUAUUUUCAGUUGAUCAUUAAAAUGCUCUGUCUUUUAUGUCAAAUAAAAACUGUUGUUACAGAAAUUU